CUGGGCUCCAGCGGCGGCGGCGAAGGUCAGCGCCGACGGCAGCCGGCACCUGACGGCGUGACCGACCCAGCCGAUUUCUCUUGGAUUUGGCUACAGAUUUAUAGAUCUUCUGCACUGUGUACAGACACAGUUGCUGAUAUGUGUUCAAGAUGAGUGGGAUGGGAGAAAACCCCUCUGACCCUUCCAGGGCAGAGACAAGGAAGCGAAAGGAAGGUCCUGACCAGCUUGGACCCAGCCCCAAAAGGAACACUGAGAAACGUAAUCGUGAACAGGAAAAUAAAUAUAUAGAAGAACUUGCAGAGCUGAUUUUUGCAAAUUUUAAUGAUAUAGACAACUUUAACUUCAAACCUGACAAAUGUGCAAUCUUAAAAGAAACUGUGAAGCAAAUCCGCCAGAUCAAAGAACAAGAGAAAGCGGCAGCAGCCAACAUAGAUGAGGUACAGAAGUCGGAUGUGUCGUCCACAGGGCAGGGUGUCAUCGACAAGGACGCGCUGGGGCCCAUGAUGCUGGAGGCCCUUGAUGGGUUCUUCUUUGUGGUGAACCUGGAAGGCAAUGUGGUGUUUGUUUCAGAGAAUGUAACACAAUAUCUGAGGUAUAACCAAGAAGAGCUGAUGAACAAAAGUGUAUACAGCAUCCUGCAUGUUGGGGACCACACUGAAUUUGUCAAAAACCUGCUGCCAAAGUCUAUAGUGAAUGGGGGAUCUUGGUCCGGUGAGCCUCCCAGGCGGAACAGCCAUACCUUCAACUGUCGGAUGCUGGUGAAGCCUUUACCUGAUGCCGAAGAGGAAGGUCACGAGAGCCAGGAAGCACACCAGAAGUAUGAAACUAUGCAGUGCUUCGCUGUCUCACAACCAAAGUCCAUCAAGGAAGAAGGAGAAGAUUUGCAGUCCUGCUUGAUUUGUGUGGCAAGAAGAGUCCCCAUGAAGGAAAGACCAGUUCUUCCCUCAUCAGAAAGUUUUACCACUCGCCAAGACCUGCAAGGCAAGAUUACAUCUCUGGACACGAGCACCAUGAGAGCCGCCAUGAAGCCAGGCUGGGAGGACCUGGUGAGGAGGUGCAUUCAGAAGUUCCAUGCACAGCACGAGGGGGAGUCUGUGUCCUAUGCUAAGAGGCAUCAUCAUGAAGUUCUGAGGCAAGGAUUGGCAUUCAGUCAAAUCUAUCGUUUUUCUUUGUCCGAUGGCACUCUUGUGGCUGCGCAGACAAAGAGCAAGCUCAUCCGUUCUCAGACAACUAACGAGCCUCAGCUUGUGAUAUCCUUGCACAUGCUUCACAGAGAGCAGAACGUAUGUGUAAUGAAUCCGGAUCUGACUGGACAAGCGAUGGGGAAGCCAUUGAAUCCAAUUAGCGCUAGCAGCCCUGCCCAUCAGGCCAUGUGCAGUGGGAACCCAGGUCAGGACAUGACCCUCAGUAGCAAUAUAAAUUUUCCCAUAAAUGGCCCAAAGGAACAAAUGGGCAUGCCCAUGGGCAGGUUUGGUUCUGGGGGCAUGAACCAUGUAUCGGGCAUGCAAGCAACCACUCCUCAGGGUAGUAACUAUGCACUCAAAAUGAACAGUCCCUCACAGAGCAGCCCCGGCAUGAACUCUGGGCAGCCCACCUCCAUGCUUUCACCAAGGCAUCGCAUGAGCCCCGGCGUGGCUGGCAGUCCGCGCAUCCCACCCAGUCAGUUUUCCCCUGCAGGAAGCUUGCAUUCCCCCGUGGGAGUUUGCAGCAGCACAGGAAAUAGCCAUAGUUAUACCAACAGUUCCCUCAAUGCACUUCAGGCCCUCAGUGAAGGGCACGGGGUCUCAUUAGGGUCAUCGUUGGCUUCACCGGACCUAAAAAUGGGCAAUUUGCAAAACUCCCCAGUUAAUAUGAAUCCUCCCCCACUCAGCAAGAUGGGAAGCUUGGACUCCAAAGACUGUUUUGGACUUUAUGGGGAGCCGUCGGAAGGUACAACUGGACAAGCGGAGAGCGGCUGCCAUCCUGGAGAGCAGAAGGAGACAAGUGAUUCCAGCAUGCCCCAGGCGGCCGGCGGGGAGCGAGCCGAGGGGCAGAACCGGCUGCACGACAGCAAAGGACAGACCAAACUCCUGCAGCUGCUGACCACCAAGUCAGACCAGAUGGAGCCUUCCCCCUUGCCCAGCUCUUUGUCGGACACAAGCAAGGACUCCACCGGGAGCUUGCCUGGGCCUGGCUCCACGCAUGGCACCUCGCUAAAGGAGAAGCAUAAAAUUUUGCACAGACUCUUGCAGGACAGCAGCUCCCCUGUGGACUUGGCCAAGCUGACCGCAGAAGCCACAGGCAAAGAGCUGAGCCAGGAGUCCAGCAGCACGGCUCCCGGCUCGGACGCUGCUGCCAAGCAGGAGCCAGUGAGCCCCAAGAAGAAAGAGAAUGCACUACUUCGUUAUUUGCUCGACAAAGAUGAUACGAAAGAUAUUGGUUUACCGGAAAUUACCCCCAAACUCGAGCGGCUGGACAGUAAGACAGACCCUGCCAGUAACACAAAACUAAUAGCUAUGAAAACUGUGAAGGAGGAGCUGAGCUUUGAGCCCAGUGACCAGCCUGUCAGCGAGCUGGACAACUUGGAAGAGAUUUUGGAUGAUUUGCAGAAUAGUCAAUUACCACAGCUUUUCCCAGACACGAGGCCAGGCGCCCCUGCUGGAUCAGUUGACAAGCAAGCCAUCAUCAAUGACCUCAUGCAACUCACAGCUGAAACUCACAGCCCCGUCACACCUGUCGGAGCCCAGAAAGCCGCACUACGAAUUUCACAAAGCACUUUUAAUAACCCACGACCAGGGCAACUGGGCAGGUUAUUGCCAAACCAGAAUUUACCACUUGACAUCACAUUGCAAAGCCCAACUGGUGCUGGACCUUUCCCACCAAUCAGAAACAAUAGUCCCUACUCAGUGAUCCCUCAGCCAGGAAUGAUGGGUAACCAAGGGAUGAUAGGAAACCAAGGAAACUUAGGGACCAGUAGCACAGGAAUGAUUGGCAGUAAUGCUUCCCGGCCCACGAUGCCUUCUGGGGAAUGGGCACCACAGAGUUCGGCUGUGCGAGUCACCUGUGCUGCCACCACCAGUGCCAUGAACCGGCCCAUCCAAGGAGGCAUGAUCAGGAAUCCGACGGCCAACAUCUCCAUGCGAGCCAGCAGCCAGCCUGGCCAGAGACAGACGCUUCAGUCCCAGGUCAUGAGCAUAGGGCCUUCUGAGUUAGAGAUGAAUAUGGGGGGACCUCAAUACAGUCAACAACAAGCUCCUCCAAAUCAAACGGCCCCAUGGCCUGAGAGCAUCCUGCCCAUAGACCAGGCAUCCUUCGCCAACCAGAACAGGCAGCCAUUUGGCAGCUCCCCCGAUGACUUGCUGUGUCCACAUCCUGCAGCGGAGUCUCCAAGUGAUGAGGGAGCACUCCUGGACCAGCUCUAUCUGGCCUUGCGGAACUUCGAUGGCCUAGAGGAGAUCGACAGAGCUCUAGGAAUACCAGAGCUGGUCAGCCAGAGCCAAGCUGUAGAUCCAGAACAGUUCUCGAGUCAGGAGUCCAACAUCCUGCUGGAGCAAAAGGCCCCUGUUUUCCCACAGCAGUAUGCAUCUCAGGCACAAAUGGCCCAGGGUAGCUAUACUCCCAUGCAAGAUCCCAACUUCCACAGCAUGGGGCAGCGGCCCAGUUAUGCCACACUCCGGAUGCAACCCCGGCCAGGCCUCCGCCCCACGGGCCUGGUGCAGAACCAGCCAAAUCAACUGAGACUUCAGCUUCAGCAUCGCCUCCAAGCACAGCAGAAUCGUCAGCCACUUAUGAAUCAGAUCAGCAAUGUUUCAAAUGUGAACUUGACUCUGAGGCCUGGAGUACCAACACAGGCUCCGAUUAACGCCCAGAUGCUGGCUCAGAGACAGAGGGAGAUCCUCAACCAGCACCUCCGGCAGAGACAGAUGCAUCAGCAGCAGCAAGUGCAGCAGCGGACUUUGAUGAUGAGAGGACAAGGGUUGAACAUGACCCCAAGCAUGGUGGCUCCCAGUGGCAUACCAGCAGGCAUGAGCAAUCCCCGGAUCCCCCAGACCAAUGCCCAGCAGUUUCCAUUUCCUCCAAACUACGGAAUAAGUCAGCAACCUGAUCCUGGCUUCACUGGGGCUACAACCCCCCAGAGUCCCCUAAUGUCACCCCGGAUGGCGCAUACCCAGAGCCCCAUGAUGCAGCAGUCUCAGGCCAACCCAGCCUAUCAAGCCCCUUCAGACAUGAACGGAUGGGCACAGGGGAAUAUGGGCGGAAACAGCAUGUUUUCACAACAGUCCCCACCACACUUUGGACAGCAAGCAAACACCAGCAUGUACAAUAACAAUAUGAACAUCAACGUAUCCAUGGCGACCAACACGGGUGGCAUGAGCAACAUGAACCAGAUGACAGGACAGAUCAGCAUGACCUCAGUGACCUCCGUGCCUACGUCAGGGCUGUCCUCCAUGGGUCCCGAGCAGGUUAAUGACCCUGCUCUGAGGGGAGGCAACCUUUUCGCAAACCAGCUGCCUGGAAUGGAAAUGAUCAAGCAGGAGGGAGAUGCAUCACGGAAAUACUGCUGACCCAGCGGGAAGCUGUUUGCCUCUUUCUUCAACCUACUGGGUUCACUUGCUCAAAACACUUACCAGUGUGGGGAGCUGCACCUCUGUUUGGACCCACCUGGGUGGCAGCCAGUUCUCCCGACCAUGAUCAGCAGGCGGCUGGGCUCGUGACCCCCAGCGUGGAGCUCGCUCAGCUACCGCCAAGGAGCCGCCUCUUCUGACAGCCCGAAGCUCACGUCCAGACCGUCACUCAGUCUGUUCACUGCAUUCACCUUAGUGCAACUUAGAUCUCUCCUGCAAAGUAAAUGUCGACAGGCAAACUUCAUACCCGUGUCAGAUUGAAUGUAUUUAAAUGUGUGUAUUUAAGGAGAACCAUGCUCUCGUUCUGUUCCUGUUCGGCUCCAGACACUGGUUUCUUGCAUUGUUUUCCUUGGCCAAUCAAUCAGUCUAGUACAGAAGGUUAAGACUUCAUGUACAGGAAAGAAACAGGUUUUUAACAAAAGCAAACGAAAGGUGUUUUCAGCCACCGCCUGCAUUAGGGAUGGAAGCAGGGCCGACACCGUGGACAGCGCCGCCUGUGCAGACACGCCAGUGAGGAUGGCGAUAGUCGUAGCUGAACCGCUGCAGAAAGCUAAAGACCGUGUUAGGAGGAGUUUCCAGUUGUUAAGCAGAUGAAAAGGAGCCUGUAAGAGGGCUGUUCACAUUAACAAGGAUCUGUUCCAUUUCUUCUCUUUGUGAAAACAAAACUAGUUCACCUAACUUGUGAAUCAAGAAGAAACUUUAUUUCUAAAUUCAGUUCGUUUUAGAUUGAUCAGGUAACUUCUGUCAGCGCUUCCCGUCCUCCCUUUCCCCUCGUGCCUCCCUUGUGCUCCUCGCUUUUGCCCAUUUUCAAACCAUAAUAUAAGCUACAGAAACCAGGUAAAGCUCUUUCUUUCCACCAACAUUUUGCCAGUUUCCAUUGAGUUUCAGAAAAAAAAUGCAUUUACUGGCAAGGAGAGGAGUGGUUAAGAUGCCAGUCAAGCUAAGGACACCUGCUAUGGAAGCAUGUCUGUUCUGUCCCCAGCAACUCUGGCCUCCCAAACAGGAGACCUUACUAGUGCAUUGAAAUUGACAGCAGAUAUCACGACAGAUUAACCUCUGCCAUGUGUUUUUUAUUUUGUUUUUUAGCAGUGCUGACAAAGCCGAAGUUUUGUAAGGUACAUAAAAUCCAAUUUAUAUGUAACAAGCAAUAAUUUAAGUUCUAAACUUAAGUGUUUUAAUUGUAUAAUUUUUGUGAGGUAUACAUAUUGUGGAAUUGACUCAAAAAUGAGGUACUUCAGUAUUAAAUUAGAUAUCUUCAUAGCAAUGUCUCCUAAAGGUGUUUUGUAAAGGUUAUCAAUGCCUUGAUUAGACCUAAUUUGUAGACUUAAGACUUUUUAUUUCCUAAACCUUGUGAUUCUGCUCAUAAAUCAUUUAUCUAAUCUAUAUGAUAUGCAGCCGCUGUAGGAACCAAUUCUUGAUUUUUGUAUGUUUAUAUUCUUUCAUAAUGAACCUUAGAAAGACUACAUGUUACUAAGCAGGCCACUUUUAUGGUUGUUUUUCUUGCCCACUCUGGUAGGGGAAUAAUAUUUUAUUAAUUGAUGUCAGUUUCAGAUAACUGCAAUACCAAGAAACUGAUGACCUUUUUGAGCUAUUUCUCCCCAACCCCUAAUACAUAUACUUUCUUACCUAAAUUUCAGAAUGAUGUCUUUUUGAUGUCUAAAAAAACACAAAGCAUUUUAUAAUAUCUCAUUAGCCAAGCUUUAUAGGAACAGAGAAGUUUUUCCUUCAAAUUUGAUUGCUUGUUUAUUUGUGGCAGGGUGAAAAUGUACAAACUACCCUAUUUAUAUUUAUAUCUCUCUGUAUAUCUAUAUAUUAUGGAAAUAUAGCAGAGAUAUAACCCAAAGAUGAAUGGUAAAUAGACAGUCUGAAAGUGUGGCUCCAUACUAAAGAAACUUUCUGGAAAUUUGCAUUUCGAUAUCUUUUUUCACUUUGAGAGGGAUCUCUAUACAGGGAGGUGGCCAAGGAACAGCUCUUCUCAGUGGCCACCAGCUCAAAUGUCCCCUCAAAAUCUCUACUGUUCUCUACCCAACCAUUGGGUUGCCCAGCUAAGAGAGCAAAAGAGCAGAUGUGGGCCCAGAACUCCAGGACCUCACCCCAGUGAUGAGGCUCAUAUGGGACACAGUUUAAUGUGACCAGUUUUGAGUCAGCUUCUUAGAAUGACAUGAGACAGGAUGAUUUUCAGCUUCACACAGCACAAAAGAGAAAUGGGGUUUAAACCAGAUUCGGUUUGUUUUGAUUUUUAAGUCCCUUUUCACCCUAACACUACCCAAGAUUAUCCAUGUCUCUUUCAUCAUUUCUCCAUCUGCCCACUGUGUCUUAACACUAGUCCCAAAGGAAAAAUCUGCAAACUUGUGAUCCUGGCAGUUUGGAAUGACCCCCGAUCAUGACUUGAAGGAAGAGAGAAUGAAUUCUCAGAUGGCUCCCAUCAUGUAGUGCAUUCUGUUUUACAUCAAAUAAGGAGAAGAAAAUAAGUGAAGGAACCCUCUGAUCAUAUUGAUCAUAUCACAGCAAAAGCAAACCAGUCCCCUUCAUUAUCAGUAUUGCUCAUGCUGUACACAAGAAAAAUUAGACUGAGUACUUGGUUUUUGUUUAAUAGAACAAAUAAUCAGUGUUUUACUUAUAUUACUCAAUGUGAAAGACAUAAUGUGAAAAGUAGACAUAUGUUAACUUGGUUGUAAAACCCAUUUAAGUGUUCAUGUAACGUGGUAAGUUGAAAAAGUGCAGUGAGCUGUUUUAAUCUGUGUUUAAAACUGGAGUUCAUACGGGCGAAACACGUGAACCAGGAGGCACAGAUCCACUUGCAGAACCCAAAGAUACACAAUCAAUUUUGAAAUGCAACUUAAGCCAUUAAUUGUCAGUGUGAGUUUCAAGUUUUCUAGUGUUUGUAUGGUAGUAUGCUGCCUGAGAGCAAAGCAUUCUCUGCACAAAGGAAAUAACUGUAGUGGCUUCGAUUUUCAUUAGAACUUUCUCCCUGGUGUUUCUUUAUAGACUAAAACAAAAUCUUUUAAGUUUCUUACUACAGGUAAAAGCUAUGUGCAAGAACCUCAAAAUGCUAAAAUCUAGCAUAAUGCCUUAGAUCUGUUUUUAAGUCUUGUAUAUUCCUACAUAGCUGUCCAAUGUAUUAUAUUUGUAUAGUGAAUUGUGUACAAUUUUUGAAUAAGUACAUCAUCGCUUAACCAUAUGUUAUUGAACAGUGAUGAUACAUCAUUUCUUCAAACAUUUAACUGUCUUUUUUUUCCCUUUGUCAUUUGUGGGUUUUAUUUGUACAGUUCCUCAUGAAGUUGCAUCUGAGAUAUGUGUAUAUGAAAAGAUUAUACAAGGGUAAAAUUAAGCAAUAUAUUAACUAUGGUUCUUCAGGAGAAAGCUUACAGUGUUUCAGGUUGUGAUUUAUUUUCAAAACAGAGUUGACUCUGAACAUCACUUUGUUCAUCUGCAUUGAUGUUUGUAUUUCUAGUGUGAGCAGUUUAUGCAAAGGUAGAUAUAUUCAGAGAAAUUUUAAAUACAUUUAUGCAAGUUAAUAUUGCUUUGCUGAUGCUAUUUGCUUAUUUGAUGUUAAAUAAUGCUAUUGUAAAUAAAGAAUUCUGUUGUUAUUGCAUCAUUUAAUAAAUUUUAAUGCCUUCGGGUUUUACAUGGC